AUGGGCUGGAACAGCAGCAGAAGCAGCGGCAGCAGCACCUACAGCAGCAGCAGCAGCACCUACAGCAGCAGCAGCAGCAGCAAACUGCCACCACUAGCCAUACCCCAGCACGAGCCUUACAAACACCUCAAACAAACUACCAGCAGCAGCAGCAGCAGCAGCAGCAGCAGCAGCAGCAGCAUUUGGGAUUGGGGUGUAUGUACAGACCUGACCCACGACUUUCCUGAAGAAGCUCGACAAGUUAAUGGCUGUUCUCUGUCUCAGUUUAACGCCUACGUGGACUUGCUGCAGCAGCUGCUGCAGCAGCAGCAGCCGCAGCAGCAGCAGCAGCAGCAGCAGCAGGGAGAGCAGCAGCUAGCAAAUAAGCUGCCCUUUGUGGGCAAAACCAUCACCUUCUUUUUGCCGCAGCUGGGGGCUUCUGCAGCAACACAAAUUGACGCCUUAGACUGUGUGCAGCAGCAGCAGCAGCAGCAGAAGCAGCAGCAGCAGCAGCAGCAGCAGGAACAGCAGCAGCAGCAGCAGCAGCAGCGAAAAGCGAAGCAGCUGGUUCGCCCAGUGUACGUACACCUUCAUUCCCUGCCCUCGGACGUCCACCGGUCCCAAGUCGAGGCAAUUGUGGAAAACCUCUAUCUCCGCCUGACAGCAGCAGUUGAAGGAAUAGAAGAGCCUCUACAAGAAGUUGCAAAGCCGGCGCCGCUGCUGACCCCCAAAUACAAAGAAAAGCAGGCGAUGGAAAGUCUUUUUCAGCAGCAAAUAGAUGAGCUGGCUUUUAAAGACGCCUUGUACCAGCAGGAUAACAAGAAGGCGAGGAAGCGGAAGCUGUCGAGGGUGCUGCAGCGUGCGGAGAAAAUAGUCUACAGAAAAUUCGGACCCGACCCCAAAACCCCUCCCCCAGAUGCUGCUGAGCUGCUGCGAAAAGUCGAAGUGGCGGAAAGUGGAUUUCACCCCGAGCUGGUGUACGUACACUCGAGCCUCACGCAGCAGCAAAGACGCGAGGCGCUGGAUCGCCUCUGCGGCCGAUCCCCCAGCCAUCUUGCUGCAGCAGAUCGCUGGCUGCUGCAGUCUUUGCUGCAAACCCUCAGAAGAAAUAAACCCCCAAUUCCUUUGCUGCUGAAGCAGCAGUACCGCCUCAUAGAGUCCACGGGCAUUUUCGAGGUCUCCCAAUUAGGACUUGCUAGAAAAGCACCUCGACGAAGCCACACGAGCCAGAAAAAAGGUGCAGCAGCAGCAGCAGCAGCAGCAGCAGCAGCAGCAGCAGCAGCUUUGGCUAACAGCAGCAGUGGCGCUAGAGCUAAGAAGAGCAGUAGCAGCAGCAGCAGCAGCAGUACUAGCGUCAGCAAGAGCAACUCGUAG